AUGUCUGAUAAACUGACUAGGAUUGCUAUCGUUAACAGCGAUAAGUGCAAGCCAAAGAAAUGUCGUCAGGAAUGUAAAAAGUCUUGUCCGGUUGUUCGUACCGGCAAGCUUUGCAUCGAAGUUGCGGCGGACUCCAAAAUCGCGUUUAUAUCGGAACGGUUGUGUAUCGGUUGCGGUAUCUGCCCUAAGAAAUGUCCGUUUGGCGCAAUUCAUAUCAUCAACCUGCCCACCAACCUGGAGUCACAGGUCACCCACCGUUACUCGGCCAACAGCUUCAAGCUUCACCGGCUGCCUAUGCCCCGUCUCGGCCAGGUUCUCGGGCUGGUUGGAACAAACGGUAUCGGGAAGAGUACUGCACUCAAGAUUCUUAGUGGAAAGCUGAAACCCAACCUGGGUAGAUACGACAACCCGCCUGACUGGGAGGAAAUCUUAAAGUACUUCCGCGGCUCUGAGCUUCAGAACUACUUCACCAAGGUGCUUGAAGAUAACCUCAAGGCCGUUGUCAAGCCACAGUAUGUCGACCAGAUCCCUCGAGCUGUCAAGGGCCCGGUCAAGGAGGUCGGCGCUCUUCUUGAGGCUCGAGCUCAGAUGGACAAUAUGGAACACGUCAUGGACGUUCUAGAGCUUCAACAGGUUAAGAAUCGUGAAAUCGGUUUCCUCUCUGGUGGAGAACUUCAGCGAUUUGCCAUUGGCCUUGUCUGUGUCCAGCAAGCGGAUGUCUAUAUGUUCGACGAACCUUCUUCCUACUUGGAUGUUAAACAGCGUCUCGCUGCUGCCCGUAUGAUUCGUGAACUUCUUCGACCAGAUGACUAUGUUAUUGUAGUUGAGCACGAUUUGUCCGUUCUAGACUACCUCUCUGACUUUAUCUGUGUUCUCUACGGUCGCCCCGCCGUGUAUGGUGUGGUCACUCUCCCAGCGUCGGUCCGUGAAGGUAUCAACGUUUUCCUUGACGGCCAUAUCCCCACCGAGAAUCUUCGUUUCCGAGAAGAAUCUUUGACCUUCCGAAUUGCCGAAGCUGGUGACGACUUUAUGAUCGACAAGGAUAGAGCUUUCAGCUACCCAAAGAUGGAGAAAACCCUUGGAAACUUCCACCUUACCAUCCAGAGUGGUCAGUUUACCGACUCCGAAAUUAUCGUCAUGAUGGGAGAAAACGGAACUGGUAAAACCACAUUCUGUAAGAUGCUGGCCGGUGUUGUGAAGCCAGAUGGUAACCAGACCGUUCCUCCAAUGAACAUCAGUAUGAAGCCACAGACCAUCACCCCCAAGUUCCAGGGCACCGUUCGACAGCUCUUCUUCAAGAAGAUCAAGGCCGCCUUCUUGUCCCCACAGUUCCAGACAGAUGUCUACAAGCCGCUUAAGCUUGACGACUUCGUCGACCAGGAAGUUCAAAACCUGUCUGGUGGUGAAUUGCAGCGUGUUGCUAUUGUCUUGGCCCUGGGUAUGCCAGCUGACAUUUACCUGAUUGACGAGCCGAGCGCGUACCUUGAUUCCGAACAGCGUAUCGUGGCUGCCCGUGUUAUCAAAAGAUUUAUCAUGCACACCAAGAAGACCGCAUUCGUCGUCGAGCACGAUUUCAUUAUGGCCACCUAUCUCGCCGAUCGUGUCAUCUUGUUUGAAGGAAGCCCUUCCGUCAAGGCAACAGCAAACAAGCCUGAAUCCCUCCUGACUGGAUGUAAUCGAUUCCUUCAGAACUUGGAUGUCACCUUCAGACGUGACCCUAGCACUUACAGACCACGUAUUAACAAGCAUAACUCCCAGCUUGAUCAAGAGCAGAAGUUGAGUGGCAACUUCUUCUUCUUGGAGGAAGAGAGUUGAAAAGGUUGCCCAAUGGGAUAAUCGCCAUGAUGGCCAUUACCGUCGAUGGCCACACUGGCAGGAGAACUACUGGAGGCGUAUCAGGGAUUGCCGCUUGCGCCGUGUCAGUAUUCCCAACCUGAUUGCAGGCCGAGGAUGGCGUACAAUCCAGUUCUUCGGUGAAAUAGCUUCGUAUGAUGGCGACGAUAGCGA